AUGGAGACAAGCCAUGCUACCGUAAAAAAGAAACGUUACCAUCGAAGCCAACCCCCGGCUUCGAAGCCGUCGAAGGACGCUCCCACGUCCCAUAAACAACGAACGUAAUAGUUAAGAUUGCUGUAUUAUUAAUCAUUGUACUGUAUUUUAGACGGAAACUAAGCACCAAGAGAGUGCUCGCGGACAAGACUGAUGUCCUCACCAACCGCCAGCCUCUUAGAUCAUCCCGUUCUGCGAUUUCUUCGAGAAGGCCAUCUGAACCUCCAUCAACCAGAAAUACCAAUCAUUCCGAUGACUCCAAAGAAAAUAAACCUCCAGAUGGACGAGUUUUGGCAGUAUUCAACCGUGUUUUCUCCGGAGAAUUCUACGAGAUCCCUUCGCCACUCUCGAAGCUUGUCCGUGUCUUCACGUCGUCAACAUUUACUGAUACCAUGGUCGAGAGGAAUGCUUUGAUGGAAGAAGUCUACCCUGCUCUCAAGAGAUAUUGCAGAGAGACUCAUGGGUUGGAUUUCCAGGUAUAAGAUAGUCAAUUUUCUAUAAUAUUUAUUCAUUGUAGGUUGUAGAUAUGCGAUGGGGAGUUCGAGAUGAGGCCACUGACGAUCAUAUGACAACAAAUCUGUGUAUAAAUGAGAUUCACAAUUGUCAGCGGUUAUCGAUGGGCCCAAACUUUGUUGUAUUUUUGUGUCAAAAGUACGGUUAUCGCCCGAUCCCGUCUCAAAUCCUUGCCAGUGAACUCGAUCUCCUCAAGCAAGUACUCAAGGACAACCAUGAAGAUGUCUCUGUUCUUGAUCUUUGGUAUGUACAAGACAGCAAUGCCGUGCCUGCCCAAUAUAUUCUACAGCCGAUUAGUUCGAUUCUUGUCAAUUUUAACAACAAGGUAAGCAUACUCGAAUAGCUACAGUAAGCGUUCAGAGAAUCCCCAAACUUCAAGAACAAGACGCCAAAAGUUGGUGGGAAGUGGAGGCAAGGAUGCAGAAUCUGCUCCGAAAAGGCGCCAAAACUUGUUUGGACAAAUCAAUGUUUACUGCCGACCAAAUGCACAAUUAUUAUAUGUCAGUCACGGAGAGGGAAGUCAUCAAUGGAAUUCUGAAUGCCGAGAAUCCGAAUGAACAUUGUCUUUGUUACGUCCGAGUCAUCAAGAAUAUAAAUCUAAAUCAAGCAGGAACAGCCUCUAAGUUCAUCGACCUGCUUCAUAAGCAGAUUAAUCAAGAAGCACAAGCCUUGCUCGAAAAUCUUAGAGACCAGAGGGUACCGGCCGUGCUAAGACCUCAAAACAUUCGGAAAAGUUGCGUCGAAUGGGCAGGAAGAGAAGGGAUGGAUCCCAGAGUUCAUGCUGACUAUCUCAAGGAAUUCUUAAGUGAUUUCUAUACGAGCAUUACUUCUAUGGUGGAUGCAGCGAUGCGAAAACACGCAAUGUAUAGAGAUCUAUUCUUCGCUGAAGUCUUACAACAUAUGUGGAAUGGAAUUCAAGGAUCAAACAUAUUUGGGAGAGAAAAAGAAUUAACUGGAGCCAAAAGUUAUAUCACUACAAGUAAGUUGAAGCCAUCGCAGAUUUUAAAAUCCCAGAUAACAAUUAUCCGUUGAUCUUCUUCGGAGAACAUGGCUGUGGUAAGACUUCAAUUAUGGCCAAAGUGGCCACAGAAUCGAGGAAAUGGCUGACGUCAUCCGAAUCCGACUCCAUGCCUGUCAUUAUCCUCAGAUUCCUGGGGACCAGUCCAGAUUCUUCGAGCAUUGGCCCUCUUCUUGUCAGCGUCUGCGAACAAAUUGCGUACAAUUAUAAUCCAGCUCUCCGGAAGACCGCGCCAACCGAACUGUCCAAGCUAUUUCAACAUUUUAAGAAGAUGACUACUCUCGCAGCUAAGAACAAGCCCUUGAUUAUCAUAUUAGACUCUCUGGAUUUGUUAUCCAAGAUGGACGGGACUGACGAAUUACUUUGGUUCCCCCCAUCGUUACCGCCUUAUGUAAAACUGAUUGUGUCUUUCAGUUCAGGGACUGGGAUUGAAAUGACAAUGAGAAGAUUGGUGGAGAAGGAAGAUCAAUAUAUUCUGGUACCUCCCUUAGGCCCUCAACUUGGCAAGUAAUUAAGCCUGAUCUUUCAUGCUUUCCAGGCAAACAUGUAAUUGAAAAGUGGUUGGAGAAAGUAGGAAGGACGCUAACCCAAAGACAAUGGGAGAUCGUCAACAAGGCCUUAUCCCAUUGCACAUUGCCAUUAUUCCUCAAAUUAGUCUAUGUUACCGUAGCCCGGUAAGUCCGAAACACUGAAAACAACUCUUCACUUUUUGAACCGGAAGCAAUGCAAAUUGAUCCAUUUACGUCCGGGUUUUGGAAAAUUUGAAGGUUUUCGCUUCGGGACCGACAAAAAAGAAUUAGAGUAAAAAAGAAUUUUUUGUGAAUAAUUGAAGAGAAUUUGAAAAGUUUCCGCUUCGGGAAAGGGAAGAAACAAUUUUUUGGAAAAUUUAUCCUUUCACACACAAAAAAUCCGUCAAAAAACUUGAUUUGAUCUCCCCUUGUCAUAUUUGGCUUUUCACAAAAAAAUCAGCAAAAACGGCUUUCUUUGAUUUCCCUGUCCCGAAACGAAAACCUUUCAAAUUUCGUUCAAAAUUUCCAAAAAAAAUCGUUUUUCCCUUUCCCGAAGCGAAAACAUUUCAAAUUUUGUACAGUCUGAGGUACUUCACCUGGAUAACAGCAAAUCCUGUACUUGCAGGGGAAGUACCCCAAGUGCGACGCUCAGAUUUUGAUGAAACUUGGCAGAAAUUUAGAAUAAUUUUAUAUAAGAUAUAUGCGAGAAUCCUAGCUCGCGCUUUGCAGAAACAACCGAGAUUUUUAGAUCGAAAGUCGGCGAAAAUUUAGGACUUCUUACCGAAUUUCGGCCCGAUUUCUACCGUAAAGGAUAAUGUUUCUACAAAAAAUCAAAUUUUUCCGCACGAAACUGCCAAAGUUAUGGCCAAAAAGCGUUUUUCUCUCUGACCGCUCUCCACGUCUAGCGUCCUCUCUCUGCGGCAUAAAUCGUCCGAUAUCUCGCCCGUAAAGCGCGAGCUAAAACUUUCAAGAAUUGAUAUUUAGUCCAUACCCGACGUGCGUAUAAAAUUUAAAGAAAAUCUGAGCGUCGCACUUGGGGUACUUCCCUUGUUAAUAAGAUAUCCAGGGACCGCUCAUUGUCAGAGAUAUCCCCUUUGGGGGAUGAUACUGACAGUGAGCCGUGAUCGAUAACUUUGCCCUACCUCCGAUUCCUAAAGCGAUUAAAAUGCAUUCUAUUCUCAGAUGGAAAUCAUACUCGAAGCCACAAGAUGUAGUGUUAUUCAAGAGUGUCCAACAAAGUAUUCACGCUCUAUUUGAUCGAACAGAAUCUCAACAUGGAAAGCUUUUGGUAUCCCAUGCAUUAUCAUAUAUUACAGCUGCAAAAUCCGGGAUCUCAGACUCGGAGCUGGAGGAUUUGGUAAGUAGAAACUUUCAUUUCAUGUAGCUUUAGAUCUCCCUCGAUGAUAAAGUUCUUGAUGACAUUUAUCAAUACCAUUUACCACCUGUUCGAAGGAUUCCUCCUCUUUUGUGGAGUCGGAUAAGAGCUGAUUUACCUGGUUAUCUUAGCGAGAGAGCAGCUGAUGGAGUCAUUGUACUCAACUGGUAGGCCACUACAUAGCCAUACCCACCCUAAUAGGUAUCAUGAACAAUUCAGAACGGCAGCCAAUGAAAGAUACUUCAAGAAUCUGAACCAUUUACAAAACACCCACUCAGCCAUCGCAGAUUACUUUCUUGGGAUAUGGGGAGGCGUACCGAAGCCUUAUCAAUACACAGAUCUUCAGAAACAGAGAUUUGGAGUGGUCGAAAAUGAAGGACUGGCUGACAGAAAGGUCCCCAAACAGCCAAAUCUAUUCAAAAACAAGGAAGGCGACAAAGUAAGACUAAUUAAAGUGAUGAUAGCCGGUAUGUUUAGGUCAGAUAUAACUCCAGAAAACUGAACGAACUACCGUAUCAUCUACUGAGAUCACGAAGACUCAAAGAACUCUUCAAUCUUUGUCUUUUCAAUUUCGAAUUCUUACAAGCAAAAGUAGGUUUGUCAGCAAGUCCUGUCACACUUAAUAGAUGUGCUGUUUCCCUCUUCAAGGAGUCAUUCUCGACUUUGAAGAUGCAAUUGCUAAAUCCGAGGAUCCUGAAGCUACGCGUCAACUGACACUUGUAGUGGAUGGAUUAAGAUUAUCCGCCAGUUUGUUGAGUAGGUACCCAUGGAUGUUUGCUUUCGAGAUUACUGGAAGAUUACUGCCUUUGGUAGGAGAUAACAAUGAUAUCAAGAAUCUGCUGAUUGGAUGUGACCUUGAGAGCCAUGAAUUCAAUUGUUUUAUGCCCGCCAAUCAUUGUUUCCAUUCUCCAGGAGGUCCUCUCAAGUAUUCUAUGGAAGAGCAUCCCUUCGCGGUCUUCGGAAUGGCUUUGAGCAGCGAUCAGAAGAUGCUGGCUUCAGUUUCCAAUCAAUUGAUCGUCUGGGAUGUCCAUACUGGAGACCUAACAAGGGUCAUCAACCCAGGGAUUGAGGGAAUCUUCCUGGGAAUGGACCUCUCCAAAGACGACAAGUAUGUGGCCGCUUUCUCCAACAAUAACACCGUCUCCAUCAUGUCCUUGAUCACUGGAGAUCAUAUCAAUAUUGAUCCGGACGGAAUGGAAGGACAGAUGGAAAUAGGGAAGGUAGUCUUCACGGAAGAUGACAAGAUAUUAUUCUGGUCUACAAGUCAAUACUACCUCUACGAUGUAGAUGGGAAACUACUUCAUAGAGAAAGGUUGGAUCCCCAGAUGGGGAAAAAGAAUUUGAUCGAAGUGUUUUACAAAGAAAGGAAGUCCGUCAGAUUCUUGACAUGGUCGGGAGAUAAAGAUGAUUGGAAUGUGACUAUGGUGGGAAGAGAAGAAAACAAAUUACUUACACCAUUCAAGUUCGCGGCCUCUUUGGCUUUCUUCGACUCUAGAUUUGUGACAGGGAUUAUGUGUGUAGAAGACGAAAACCAUCCACAAGGUAAAAAUAAGAACGUCACACAAUUGCGAGACAGGGCACGUACUCAUUUUUGUGGCCCGAUUUGAAUUGGCUAUAACUUCCUUUUUUGAAUGUAGCCGAUUGUGACCCAAGGCCGAUUAUGCGUAGUGGACGUUUUUCUCGAUUCGGUCCGAACGGUGCACCUGACGAAUUGUGCCCCUGGCUGAACAGUGCACCUAUUGUGCACCUGGCUGAACGGUGCACCUAACAUUUUCUUUUUUGAACAGUGCACCUAGGCGAUAGUGAACCUUGAAAAAAAGUUUCUUUGUGCAUUAUUGAAGAAAAUUUGAAAGGUUUUUGCUUCGGGACAAGGAAAAAGAAUUUUUUUGGAAAAUUUUUAAAAAAUUUGAAAGGGUUUCGCUUCAGGACAGAGAAAAAUUAGUUUUUUUGGAAAAUUUUUAGAAAAUGUAAAAGGUUUUCGCUUCGGGACUGGGAAAAAGAAACUUUUUGGAAAAUUUUGAAAAAAUUUGAAAGGUUUUCGCUUCGGGACAGGUAAAAAUGAUUUUUUGGAAAAUUUUGAAAAAAUUUGAAAGGUUUUCGCUUCGGGACAGGUAAAAAUGAUUUUUUGGAAAAUUUUGAAAAAAUUUGAAAGGUUUUCGCUUCGGGACAGGUAAAAAUGAUUUUUUGGAAAAUUUUUAAAAAAUGUGAAAGGUUUUGGCUUCGGGACUGGGAAAAAGAAACUUUUUGGAAAAUUUUGAAAAAAUUUGAAAGGUUUUCGCUUCGGGACAGGUAAAAAUGAUUUUUUGGAAAAUUUUUAAAAAAUGUGAAAGGUUUUGGCUUCGGGACUGGGAAAAAGAAACUUUUUGGAAAAUUUUCAAAAAAUGACUUUUUAACAAUAGUACAAUUCCAAGAGUCGUCGCCCCUUGGAAUCGCCCAUCAUCGCGUUGCGACGGCUAGCCGCGAAAUUUGGUGCGCGACUGCGCCCUUUUUUCGGCGAGGCGAAACAUUUUGCUGCGACGACCCGACGUUGUGGCUUUUUCCUACGAUGCAGGGAAAGGCCGCUGGAUGCUGUAUCGUCGACCCGAGCUGUUGCUGACGCAAAACGUCGUAGCGCCAAUUCUUUUCGCGCAAUCUUAGAUUUUUUAUUAACUUUUUCAGAAGUCGAGCCAUUUUACAAACUGGUAACGUUCGAGGUUGCAAGUGGAGAAGUUCGUGUAAAGAAGACAAUAAUCGAUAAAUUGGAAGAGAAGACGAACGCCAUCUUUUAUUGCAAAGGCAACAAAACUUCAGAAGGAGAAGGAGGGCAGACCAAUUGGAUGAUCGGAGUCACUGUCGAGGGGUAUUUGUUAUGCGAGAAUCUGCUCCCAGAGAAGCUGAUUACCCUCAAAUUGCCAGGAGAUGUCCGCAACAUCCCCAUCAAGCCCAUGCACACCACCUCGGCCGUUGUUUUCUCUUGCAAUGACACGUUCUUUGUGUCCGGUGUCAGAAAAAACUUUUAUAUUUUCAACAUCGCUUCCCAACAACUGGUAAGAGUGGUCGAGGCUCAUUUCGGGAGGAUUCUGAGUCUGAAGUCGAUGAGCAAGCACAACUACAAUCUGCUGAUCUCGAGUUCCAUCGAUCGUUCCAUCAAGAUCUGGAAUAUGGAGAAUAUCUUUGAGAAGAGUUUCUCGGUGGUCAACAUGGAUCAGUCCGUGGAGAAGAUCCUCAUUCCUCAGCAGAAGCAAUUUUUGGCGUUGAUCCAAACCAGAAAGUAUCUGAGUCUCUGGAAUAUCCGCAGCCAUACUUUUAUUUGCCAACUGGUGACUAAUCAGUUCGGGUCGAUGUUGACUGAUUCCAUGAUCACUUCUGAUGGGAAACUUGUCAUCUGCAUCGAGUCUGAUCAGCUUUUGGUUUGGGAUUUGAAGACUCAGAGUGUUUCCUUGAGGAUGCCGGCUCAACAGAGCUACCAAUUGCUCUUUUUGUAUCACGAAAAGUAUAUCGGAGUGCUCUAUAAGCAUGUUGAGACCAAUGAACAGAAGAUUUGUCGUCUAAUUGUUUAUCGACUGGUCGAUUUGAGUGUUUAUUACACCUAUGAGUUCAAUUGCAAGCAAUUCAGAGAUGCUGUGGUCUUAUCGGUAAGUCUUGUAAGGUGAAUAUGAUCGGAAUGAUUUCCAGGACACUGUGUCCAUAGUUUUGGUGGCCAUUGCCAAAGGCCAUGAGCAACUCCAGAUCUUAAAUAUCACGGAGAGAGCCGUCAAAGUAAAGUUCAGGUAA